GACCAGGAAGAGUCACAUGACCUGAUGAUGCAGAAGAGUCGAUGCUUCAUCGUCAUCAUCUUCACCUCCAAGCUUUUAGACCUUUAGCUAAUGAGAAACAGGUAUGGCGGCGGGUGGCAAAGACAAAGCACCUCCAGAGACCAUCAUCAUCAUCAUCAUCAUCAUUUAGACUGGACCUAAACCAGACCUGGACAAGGACCAGACUGGACCUAAAGGACCAGACUGGACCUAAACCAUACCUAGAGAAGGACCAGAGAGUGGCUCGUGAAGGCCGUUGUGUUCAUUGAAAUGGAAUGUAUUUGGUAUUUGGCGCCUCCUGCUGGAUGACGUACGCAGUACAGGACUAUCAAUUUAACACCAAUAAUUGUUCCCAUCCAUCCAUCCAUUUUCUAUACCUGUAAUGUUUUGCGUGGUUGGAAUUCAGAGCAGUUCGAUGAUGCGUGUGAUCGAUUGAUCGAUCACGCGCACAUCUGACUGCGCGUGUGAGGAGCAGUACAAUGAAGCGGUGACUGCGCAUGCUCGGCGCGCACACGCACAGCAUCACUUGGCUGAUAACAAAGGCUCGCGCGUCACCGCGCCCGCUGCUCCUUUGCCGCUUACGAUAGGGUCCGCGCACGGACGCACGGCUUGUCAGGGCGCGCUGCAGCUCGCCGCCGUUGAAGACGAAGGAGAAGAGCGGGACCAUGAGCUGCAAUUGGGGCGCUGAACUGUGGGAUCAGUUUGAAAAUUUGGAGAAACACACCAGCUGGGGAAUCGACUUCCUGGAAAGAUACACCAAAUUUGUGAAAGAACGAGCCGACAUCGAGCAGAGCUACGCCAAGCAGAUCAGGAGCCUGUCCAAGAAGUACCUCCCCAAGAGGAGCAGAGAAGAUGACAGCAGGUACACGUGGGGUCUGGCGUUCACCGCCACUCUUCGCCAACUCCAUGAGCUGGCGUUGCAGCGAGAGGAAGUGGCGGACAACCUGAGCGGUCAGGUGGCGUCGGAGCUGAGCAGAUUCACUCAGGAGCUGAAGGCCGAGAGGAAGUCUCAUUUUCAAGAUGGCCGCCGUGCGCAGCAGCACAUGGAGACUUCCUGGAAGCAGCUGGAGUCUACGAAACGGCGCUUUGAGCGGGACAGUAAGGAGGCAGAGCGGGCACAGCACAUGUCCACCAGAAUGGACAUGGACAACAAUAUGGAAGCUGAGAAGCGCUGCUCCUUUAAGGCUCGUCAGACGGCUCAACAAAAACAACAAACUGCCGAAGAGUCCAAGAAGGAAUAUGUCACCAGUUUAAACCAGUUUAACCAGGACCAGCACCAACAUUACCACACAAUGGUGCCCGUUAUAUACCAGCGGAUCCAGGACAUGGAGGAGCGUCGGAUCGAGCGAAUCGCCGAUGCGAUGCGUUUGUCAGCAGAGGCAGAAAAGAAGUCACUUCCUCUUGUGAGUCGCUGUUUGGACGCCAUGAUGGACGCCGCAGACAGCAUCCAGGCCAGGAUGGACACGCGUCAGGUGGUGGAGGUGUAUAAAACGGGCUUUGAGCCUCCAGGCGACGUAGACUUUGAGGACUACAGGGCCACCAUGAGGCGGAGCAUCUCAGAAUCCAGUUACCUCGACAACCAAAUUGAGGGGCGGAGACAAAGCAAGAAGUUGUGGCCUUUCCUCCGCAAAAACAAGCUGCUGAAUCUCCUGUCGUCGCCUCGGCAGCCCCCGCCUCCACCACCCACCUCUCCUUCUCCCGGGGGCGUGGCCAACAGCCCCCAGUCGCCACCCCCAGCUUCCAGAGAGCCCAUCGCACAGCGACUUAACGACCUCAUGACCUCGGGCUCCCGAACCAGGAAGCAGUGCCUGCGCAGCCUGAAGCGAGGGCUGUCACUCAAACUGGGCUCCGCCCCUGCCGACUGCAGCCAUCUUCCUGCGGAGCAGCGACGAAAGAAACUUCAGAGUCGAAUCAAUGACAUCAGCCAGGAGAUCCAACGAGAGCGCGAGCAGAGGGACGCUCUGAUCAAGAUGAGGGAGGUGUAUGAACGAAACCCUCAGAUGGGCGAGGCUGCCGCUCUGGAACCUCGUUUGGACGAAGUGAGGCGGAGCCUUCAGCGACUGGAGGAGGAGCUCAGGACCAACCAGGCGUGGCUGGCCGAGGUGGACCGCAGGAUGUCAGAGCACAGCAGCAGGGGUCAAAGUUCACGUUUUGGCAGUGAGGUGUCCACACCAGGAAGUCGAAGUCUGAAGCAGCUGGACGGUCGGAGUCCGGCCAGCAGAGAGAGUCCAGACGGCAGCUACACUGAAGACCAGAACGCGGAAGUCCAGUUCUCCAAGUCACGAAGUUCUGAGUUUAAUGACGACUUUGAUGAUGAAGAACCGUUGGCGAGCAUCGGCACCUGCAAGUCGCUCUACCCGUUCCAAGGUCAGAACGAAGGCACUCUGUCCAUGUUGGAGGGGGAGCUACUUUCUGUGGUGGAAGAGGACAAAGGUGACGGCUGGACCAGAGUUCGCAGGAACUUGGAAGAGGAAGGAUAUGUUCCCACCUCCUACAUCAAAGUCUUCCUGGACACCAACGCCAAAGGCUUUGUGCAGACUAGUCGACUCGUGUAACGACACGUGGAUACAGGAAGUGUUGACACGUCCCACUCAUUUGACACGUUUGGUCACCAUGGUAACCGUUGCCAUGGUAACUGUCUAAAGGUUUCUGAAUGAGACCACCAGCCCCCCCCCCAAGUCACCACCGUGACCACACACACACACACACACACCCACGCACACAUGCAAGUAAAAAAAAAAAAAAAAAAAAGUUUCACAUUUGCACCAGAGGGGCGCUGUCGUGCACGUGACCCAUCAUGACCACAGAGGUGUCAAUUAAACAUUGAAGUUUUAUUUUGAAAACAAGAUGUAGGAUAUAAACUUUAGGAACAGUGAUGUGUAAAAAGUCCUCCAUAUUUAACCCGUUUUUUUUCUGAUCACCUGAUAUCGUCCUACCUUGUUGCUUUUUGACCACGCCAACUUCCUGUAUGUUCCUUUUUCGAUGCCGCUUCUCCUCAUUAGGGUCGCGGGGGUAUGCUAGAGCCUAUCCCAGCUGACUUUUGGGCGAGAGGCGGGGUACACCCUGGACUGGUGUCCAGCCAAUGGCAGGGCACAUAUAGACAAACACUCACAUUCAUACCUAUGGACUAUUUAGAGUCUCCAAUGAAGCUAACAUGCAUGUUUUUGGAAUGUGGGAGGAAAUGGAGAAAACCCACACACACAGAAAUGCCCAAGGGAGAAUGGAACCCAGGUCUUCCCAUCUCCAGACUGUUCCUGUGUGGCCAACAUGCUAACCACUAGACCACCGUGCGGCCCUCCUGUAUGUUCCGUCUUUCAAAAUAAAUCAACUGAAGACAACGUGUGCCUGCUGCAGCAAACGAUAUUAUAAAAAAGUUUUAUUUUGAAACUCAUGUGAUGCUUACAUGUUUUUAUGUAUUUAGGGAGAGACCUCUAACCUCCCUGAUUGUCAUAACAAAGAAUGUGAUUGGAUGUGGUCGUGGGGAUUGUUUUCAUGGUAACCCCAGCUACAUUACACACCGAACAUCACUUCCUGUUUGAGACUGGACACUGUGUGUGCGUGGGAGAGUGUAACCGUGGUAACGGCCCAUCUGCUUCAUUGUGUGCAUCCUCCUGGAAAUAGCAGUUGCCAUGGAAACACACCAGCCCAAGGUUUCCUGUGUGUGUGUGUUCACGUGUGAACCUUUCAUUUGAUGAGAAGACAACAUGUUAGUGCUGCAGGCUACAUGCACACACCCCACUGAUGCCACAGAUCUAUGACAUCAUCACACAGUGUGGAGGAUGCGUUCACACUCGGCUGCUUGUGGCAGCGCAUAAGAGAAGAGCGAGGAGGAGGAGGAAG